AUGGACCUUGUCGCUAUGUUUUCCUCUGCCAGUGACGAAAAAAUGAUCGUCUGUAUGGAGACGAUGCUGGCCAGUAAACAGGUGUGCAGCUGGUCCGCCGCUUUUAAAUGUGCGGCGCUGCGGCAGGAACUACCAUUUGCAUGCGGCGUGUGGUGGACGGCGGCCUGCGGGCCGGCUGAGUCGUCACGCAGCGCUGACGGACGAGUUUACGGCUCCGAUGCGUUCCGUUCCGAGAUUCCCGAUAAGUUCGGAAUGAGCAAAUUGUCCCUGUGGGUGCUGACGAGCCUGACGGCUGUCGCCACCGUCUUCUUUAACGUCUACAUCUUUCUGAUGACUCUGUGGAGCCAGACGGGAAAGAAGGACAGGAGUCCCAGCGAAACCAUCAUCCUGGCUCUGGCGGCGGCCGACGUCACCUACCAGCUGACGUGCUACGCCUGGAUGACCCUGGACGAGGUGGACAGCGACUGCCACAUCGCGGGGAUGUUCUACACUGUCCUGCUGGUGAUCAUCUCCAGCUUCAAGUUCACCGUCAUCUGGGACACGAGCUUCCUCACGUUCUACUACAGCACCAAGCUGGUCAGCACACCCAACCGCUGCUACACCCAAAUCCAAGCCGCCAUCCUCAAGCACGCCACCCUGGCGGUUUGCGUCAUCCCGCUGCUCGGCCUGGCCACCUGCAUGCCGAUUCUGGUGGUGUUCCACAUGGCCAACCACACCCAAGAGGAAGCCAACAAUAUGGACUGUGGGGUUCUGCUGCCAGAGACGACCGCCGGGCGGGUCUAUGACGUGAUCUUCCUGCUCCUCUCGGACGUGCUGCCCGGGAUGGUCAUGCUGAAGUGCUGCAUCUCCAUCUCCGUCCACCUGGCCAUUCACCUGCGCCACAUGAAGGCCAGCACCAACAGCGCCCAUCCGCCGAAGCUCGGCUCGGAGAUGCGAGUGGUCCGGAUGUCCUUGGCCCUGGUGGGGAACUUCCUGAUCUUCCUCGCCGUCGACCUGUACGUCAACUACGAGGUCGUGGUGAACCACAAGAACUCCCUGGCCGUCACGCUCUUCAUCACGUCCGUCUACACGACCGCCACGGCCAUGGUCCUCAUCUACGGCAAGAAGACUCUGUGGAAGACGAUGAUACGCGACAUCAACGUCUGUCUGGACGCAUAUCCGUGUUUGUCCUGCCUGAAGCUGCCCGAGCAAAAAUCUCCACCCGGCAGUGCUCCAAAGGUUAAAGAAUGACAAUGCAGAAGUUAUGCCACCUUUCCUGUACUUCUGUCAUGUUACAAAGCAGCAAAUAACUACAAUUAUAAAUAGCAAAAUAAGACAAAUACAUUUGCUGAUCUCUGAAAUUUGCUAAAAAACAAAAAGUUUAAAAUUUGAGACCAAUCUCAGAAAUUUUCUAGAAAAAGAAAAACUGGACAACUUUAGACUUUUCAAACUCAGAAAUGUCCAUUAUUAUUUUUCUUAAAAAAAUUCUGAGAUUAAUAGACUUUUUCAAUGUUUUAACUUUUCAGUUUCUGAAACGGUCAC